UAUGUAUGCAAGCAGCGGAGGGAAGUCUCUUACAGAUAGGGUAUACAGAUCAUCUUACUGUGUUUUUUUGUCUUUAAGGUUUCAGAUAUGGUGAUCGCAGUAAGACCCGGUGCGGAACAAACUGCUACAUGGCCCCAGAGAUUAUUGAUGACAUGGCAUACAGCAGGGCCGUUGACUGGUGUGCCCUUGGGGUUGUGUUAUAUGUCAUGCUCAUGUUCCAGGUAAGCAUAAUGCCUAGAAAUCAGCUAUCCCUGCCAUUAUAGUGUUAAAUGGGAUUUUAAAACACUUUAAUGAUAUUAAAUUAGAACACAGGUUUAAUAAAGAAAUAAUAUUUCAUGUUUCAGUUCCCAUUUGAUGCAGAAGAUGACAUGGAGUUAUUUGAGAGCAUCAGGAACGACAGACCUGCCCUGACAGAGGAAUUGUCUGAGGAAGCUCAGUGCCUAAUACUAAGAUUACUGGAGAAAAAUCCAUGUGAUCGCCUCGGAUCCAGCGAGGCCGGUGCUGAAGAGGUUAAAGCCCAUGAAUUCUUUGAAGAUAUUGAUUGGGAAGAAUUUCUUGAAAGAGAACUGAUGCCUCCAUUUAAACCAGAUGUCAGUGGACUUACAGAGAGUACCAGGCAAUCUGAAUGCCAAGCCUGGGGAUUAAUGCCACCAGCUAAAGCCAUAUCACCAGAGGCACAACAGUUAUUUGAAGGAUUUGACUAUUCAGCUGAGUGAGAGGCAGUUGCAAGGGGCAGAUAUAUGACUGGAAAGGGCGGGUGGAGGGCCAGUCCAUAUACAAAUUAAAAGCCACAUUGACGUAAAGUUAAUAUCAGAUGCCCCAAGUCAUCAGUUUCUGAAGGAAGAGUCUAAUGGUGGCGCCAAAGUGUCUGUACAUCAGCCCUGAAGAGCAGAGUUCUGGACAGAGACCCUGGCAUUUCAAGUACAAAGAUCCAAACAGCCCCCUGUGGCAUUUGCCAGAAUCUACAGAUUGCCACCCUGGGCCUGACCUGAUUGUGAAGGAACAGACUAAUGGUGGAACAACAGUAUCUACAGGUGGCUCCAGAGUAUCUGUAUCUUAGCCCUGAAGAGCUAUUAAAGUGCCACUGAGUGAGCUACAGACUAUUGGAAGGGGCAAAUAUAUGACUGGAACAGUGGGAGGCGCCACCAUAUAUUAGGUCUGGACUGAGAUUUAAAAGAGACCCUGGCUUUUCAAGUCCAAACAGCCCCCUGUGGCAUUUGCCAGAAACUACAGAUUGCCACUCCGGGCCUGCCCCAGAUACACAUGAGAAGCCUCAUCGGUACAAAAUGGAUAUCAGAUUUCCCGACAUCAACAGGUUGUGAAGGAACAGCCUAAUGGUGGAACAACAGUCCCUGCAGGUGAGCCCACAUUCUUACAGAUAAAACCUUAAGUUCAGUUACUGAAACACAAUAGUAGAUGUACAUGUUGAAAAAUAAUAAUAAUAAUAAUAAUAAACAUGUUUCCACAGCAAAAAUGUUGCAGAUUAUGUCGCCAUCUAUGUCAGACAAGAAAUGUCCAGUACCAAGGUAAGAAACCAACUCUUUUGUUUCACAAAUAUUUCAAGUCAGUCAAAGUGUAUUUUCACAUUGGCCCAAUUUGUAUCUCAGGUUAAAUGGGCAUUUAGAUGAAAUUGCUGCUGUGUUUCUGUUUUUCAGAUGUGAGAUGGAGUGACUGUGGUCAAAGGAAAUCUCAUUGAGUUCUCCCCUGCGCUCUCGUAGGAACCCGGGACAAGAAGGAGCUGCUCUCAUAUAUUUUAACAUUUUCAGAAUUAAUUUUCUAUUAGAUCAACCUGGAAUAUAAUUAAAGGGGAACUACUGUGAAAAUUGAAAUGUAAUAUAAGCUUUAUCUCAUGUA